UGGCGCCGUGCUUGCGCGGCAGGAUGGGCCAAAGUUGAGGCCAGUAGAGUACAUGUCCAAGAAAAUGCCGUCUCAGAAGUUGGCUAAGUCCACUUAUGAGAAGGAACUCUAUGCGGUGUACAAGGCUCUCACCCAUUGGCCGGUUCUUCAUCCUCCGGACUGAUCAUCAGACCUUGAGAUGGAUGAGAACACAGCCGGUACUCUCUGACGCUCUCAAGCGUUGGAUCGAAGUCAUUGAGCAAUAUGACUUUAAUCCUCAGUAUCUAAAAGGGGAGUACAACAAGGUUAUUGAUGCCUUGUCGCGCAGACCGGACUUCUCAGGAGCGUUGAUUACUGAGUUCGAUCUGACGGACGAUGUGACUCAGUCUUUGGUGGAAGCCUAUCGUCAGGACCAGUUUAUGUCUGAGAUUAUACGCAGACUUGAGGCGAAGGAUAAGAAGACCUCCGCCGAGUUUGAGUUGGUCAAUGGCUUGCUGUUCCUAGAGAAGGCAGGGAAUAAACGCUUGUGUGUUCCAAAUAGCGAGUCUUUGCGUAGUUUGUUUUUAGGCAAGUGUCAUGAUGCCACCGACCAUUUUGGGUAUAAGAAGACCGCAGCCAACUUGCUGCAGCGGUUCUGGUGGCCCACGAUGAUGAAAGAUGCACAGCUGUACGUGGAAACUUGUCAAGUUUGCCAAAGAGACAAGCCCUAUACUCAGGCUCCUCUUGGGCUGCUCAAGCCCCUUCCGAUUCCGGAAAGGCCGGGUGAAAGUUUGUCCAUGGACUUCAUGGAUACGCUGGUCACCAGCAAGAGUGGGAUGAGACAGAUCUUUGUCAUCGUGGAUAGGUUUAGUAAGUUUGCUAGAUUAAUAGCUAUGCCAGAAACAGCGAAGACCGAGUAUGUGAUCAGGCUAUUUAAAGAGAACUGGGUUAGAGACUUCGGACUGCCGAAGUCUAUAGUCAAUGACAGGGACGUCAGGUUCACGAGUGAAUUGUGGAAGGCCGCUGCAGCUGAACAAGGAACUCAACUGCAGAUGACCUCUGGAAAUCAUCCAGAAGCUAAUGGCCAGGCUGAACAAAUGAACCGCGCUGUGCAACACUUGUUGAGGCACUACAUCAAGCCCAACCAGCAAGAACGCGCACAAGGGAGAACGAAGUUGAUCUUGUUCAAACUCUACAUUAAUGGUCGUUACAUCCGUGCGUUGGCUGACUGUGGUGCAACCGCCAACUACUUCUCACCGCACGACAUUCGUAAGGCACGUUUGGGGAUGAAGCAAGUGACCUUGCAGAAUCCUUGUCGGACCCAAGUGGGCAACCAAGAGGUUGUCACCUCUAUGCAUGCAGUCAAAGGUGAAUUGGAAGAGCUGCGUGGACAGAUUGAUGACAAGAUUGGGAAGGGAUGGAUCAAGCCAAGCGAAUCCGAAUUCGGUGGCAAACUACGGAUGUGUAUUGACUACCACAGACUGAAUAGAGUAACAAGAAAGAAUGCAUACCCUUUGCCGCGUAUUGAUGAUUUGCUUGAUGCUGCAGGAAAAGAUGGCGUCGGAAGAAGAGGCUGGGACCUGCGGAGCAAGGGGAGUCAGGGUACAGAGAGGGGCGUGGAACGGAAUGAAGGGUCAAUAAGGGACCGAGAAUCAACAAAUCCGGAGGGGACCAAGGAAGACGGGAAGGAUCUCUCAAUGGGGGAAAGUUCGGGAAAGGCCGGGGGAAGUAAACGAGGAUCUCAGGAGAAUAAGGAAGGAAGGGACAAGGAAAGGUCAAGUCCGCGAAACUCAGAUGGGAUCAUAGUCAAGAAAGCGAAUGUCUCGGAUGCCCGACGUAAGCUUGCAAAAAUAGAAAAGCGAAUCGCAGAGUAUAAGGCGAGACUUAUUGAAGAGAUGAUGGCUGGGAACGAGAAGGACCUUCCGGGAGAGGAGCUACGAGAGGAGCGCAGGACUAGCCAGGGCGAAAUCAGGCACGGAGGGAAUGAUAGUAGCCAUAGGGGGACGCCUAGCAAGAAAGGGGAGGAAAAGGGGGACUCCCCGGCUGUAGAAGCAGAAAAAGCUACAAACCCACCUGCCAUAGACAGUGGUGGUAGCCGCUUGCCUGUCGCGCCAAAAAUAAUGAAGGGGUGCGACGGACUUUGGGAUCUCAGGGAAAGGGUACUAGGAUGGUUUGAUCCGGAGGGAACAACACCAACCGGAGAAAAGCGGAAGGAUAGCAAGGAAGGAGAAGGGACUAGUAUGGCUGGCGAAACAGGUAGUUCCGAGGGCGGCCUCAAGAAAAUAGUAUCCACCCUCACCCGGGCGUUGAACAAAAAUCAGGGCUACCUCGCAGAUGCCAAGAAGAAGCUCACCUUUGAUGGGGCGAACAUCACCGACUUCCUGAUAGACUACGAGAACCUAGCAGCCUUGUUGAAAUGGAGCGAGGAAGAAAAGAUGGACCACUUAGGGCAACAUGUGUCACUAAGCUUAGGAAGAGACAUUAUGGCUAUUGUCGCCGCCAGUGGAUCUUGGAAAGAGACCCGAAAUGAGAUAAUGAGGAAGUAUCUAAAGCCGGAGAAAAUGGCAAUGGAAACCGAAUUGGCAGUCGUGCAGAGGAAGAACUUCGCGACUUACAACGACUUCCUGAGAGCGUUUACCCUAGUAGCGUUACGAAUUCCCGGGGUAACGGACCCGAUCAUGAGUAAGUAUUUCCUUAGACAAUUUUCCGAGUUCGACAAGGAUAAGAUUUUGUCGGCCUAUCAACAGACCACCAAGUUUGAGUACACGAGGAAUGUAGACUUCAGUACGGUAACAGACCUCGCGGAGAAGACGGUGGUAACCGAGACGUUAGCCUUGCUUAAGGAGGGUGAGGUCAUAGACUUGACCGGAAAUACGGGAGACAAGGUGAAGAAGGGAAUAGAAAGUCUGCACGAACGGAUGCACGGAGUCGAUAAUAAGUUAGAAAGAGUGGAGAAUGCACUAUUGGUAAUGCAGGCGCAAGUUUUCCGCCCCGCCCUCCCGCCCCAAGAGGCCGUAGUUCCGGCAGCAGUAGCCAACUCAGGAUACGGUAGGAAAGAUCCGGCCAAUGAGCAGUGCCGAUAUUGCAUGAUGAUCGGUCACUUUGUGCGGACCUGCCCAAGACUCAACCACGAUAUUAGGCGACAGAGAUGCAGCAGGUCCCUUAAAGGCGAAAUUUUCGGACCCCAAGGGGAGCGAAUAAACUGGAAUUCGCCAGGUGGGUUGCGGCGUGCCGUCAUUAUCCUGAAUAACCUGGAUAUAGCCGCCGUAGAAGCCGAGUCAGUAGCCGACAUUAUUUGGGAUCAGCCGCGGGGGCGCGGACCACAAGUCAAUUUCAUCCUAGAGAGUAAUGGACAGGAUAGGGUGAACAUCACCACCCGGCGGGCAGGGCCGGAAAAAAAACUUAUUCGAGAUAUGGUAAUGGAGGAGGUUGCGGGAACCAUCCCAAAUCAAGGCGAGUCCGAGACCGGGGAGCCGGAGAAAGUCUACGGGAAAACCAGGGAGGAAGAGCCCAUAGACAAAGCCACGACGGCAAAGAAAAAGUUCAAGUACCAAAUCCCGAUCUUGACCAUGCCAGAAAUCGACGACACCCUGAGCAAAUUGCUAGGUACCAUGGUAUCUGUAUCCUUUCAGACCAUGCCGCAAGCAAGCCCGAGAUUGCUUAAAGGACUCAGGCAAUUGCUAACGCCCCGACACGUAAAGGUAGAAGAGGCUCCGGAACCACAGAAACAGGAAACAGAGGAGGCAGAGGCACCACAAGGGGUCGCCAACCUCCAGAGGAUCCCGCGAGAUCUGGAAGACCUGGAAAAGGCCUUUGCGGACAUCCGCUUAAGCCUACCUGACUGAGAGGGCGCGAGGUCAUGAGGGCACCUCCCGAAACGAAGCUCGGCUUCCAUGCACGCUCGAAGUUCCAAACCUGUUGCAACUUAUUACGAC